CUCCUCCUCCGCCCGUCCCCGCCACUACGCACGCCUUCGCCUCCUGGCACACCUCGCGCCGCCGCCGCCGGAUCGCGCUCCCCCGGCUCCCGCGGCUGCCGCUGAGGCUGCUGCUGCUGCAGUCUCCGUCUCCCCUCUCCUCCUCUCGCCUCCUCUUCUUCCCUCAAGUUUUCUGUCUCCUCAAGACCCGGGCUCGGGGAGGAAAGCGCCGGAGCCCGCUCGCCGUUCCAGAGUGGCGAUGAAGAUGAAAUCGGACACCCACAACAUGCAGUUGCUGCUUCUUGUUUUCUUGGUGUGGGACCCAGCCAGGUUGGUGCUGGCUAACAUCCAAGAAGAUGAGGCUAAAAAUAACAUCACCAUCUUUACGAGAAUUCUAGACAGACUUCUGGAUGGUUACGAUAAUCGGCUUAGACCAGGACUGGGAGACAGUAUUACCGAAGUCUUCACUAACAUCUACGUGACCAGUUUUGGCCCUGUCUCAGAUACAGAUAUGGAAUAUACUAUAGAUGUUUUCUUUCGACAAAGAUGGAAAGAUGAACGUUUAAAAUUUAAAGGUCCCAUGAACAUCCUCCGACUUAACAAUUUAAUGGCUAGUAAAAUAUGGACUCCAGAUACCUUCUUUCACAAUGGGAAAAAAUCUGUAGCUCAUAAUAUGACAAUGCCAAAUAAGCUGCUUCGAAUCCAGGAUGAUGGCACUCUGCUGUAUACAAUGAGGCUUACAGUUCAAGCUGAAUGUCCAAUGCACUUGGAGGAUUUUCCAAUGGACGCUCAUUCAUGUCCUCUGAAAUUCGGCAGCUAUGCGUAUACAACCUCAGAGGUCACUUACAUCUGGACUUACAACGCGUCUGAUUCGGUGGAGGUUGCCCCGGACGGCUCCAGGCUAAAUCAAUACGAUCUGCUGGGCCAAUCAGUUGGGAAGGAGACGAUUAAAUCCAGCACAGGUGAAUAUACCGUAAUGACAGCUCAUUUCCACUUGAAAAGAAAAAUCGGGUAUUUUGUGAUUCAGACCUACCUGCCUUGCAUCAUGACUGUCAUUCUCUCCCAAGUGUCAUUCUGGCUCAACAGAGAAUCCGUGCCCGCAAGGACCGUGUUCGGAGUUCUUACAAUCAUAACAUUGUCAACUUUGUCCGUAGUUGCCCGGAAUUCUUCUAAAGUGGCCUAUGCAACCGCCAUGGACUGGUUCAUUGCCGUUUGUUACGCUUUGUCCCGCCUGAUUGAAUUUGCAACUGUUAAUUAUUUUCUUAGAAGUGGAUGGACUAAGCAGCGCAAGUCUUCAUUGAAUGAGAAAAAAAAAGAGAGAGCCUCUGUCACGAUACAGAACAAUGCCUACGCAGUGGCAGUUGCAAAUUAUGCCCCGAAUCUUUCCAAAGAUCCAGUUCUCUCGACCAUCUCCAAGAGUGCAACCACGCCAGAGCCCAACAAGAAACCCGAGAACAAGCCGGCUGAAGCCAAGAAGACCUUCAACAGUGUCAGCAAAAUCGACAGAAUGUCUAGAAUAGUUUUCCCAGUUUUGUUUGGUACAUUUAAUUUAGUUUACUGGGCUACCUAUUUAAACAGGGAACCCGUAUUAGGGGUUAGCCCUUGAGUCCAGGCGCAGACUAUCUCUGGGGAUGUAUAGCGACAUUCAGUUCGGGUUUGUUUUGCUAUGUACAGUCUGACUAAUAACUGCUAAUCUGUGAGCCCACAUGUACAGUAUGUAUAUAGUGAUACAGUUUACCAGUAGACCCUUAAUGGAGACACGCAUUUGCUAACUCAUGGAACCGCAGGCAGAAAGCACUCCAUGCCAAAAGAGCCAUUGCCUUUUUAAAAGAUUUGCCCUAGGAGCUGGCUUAAAGUGGAUUUAAUACGAUCCUGAUUUUUUUUUUUUUUUUCCUUCUUCUUCUUACUAGCGAUGAAAAUGGAGAUCCUAUACAACCCAUUAGGAUGGACCCUUUUGGUUAAGGUCUUGAAAUAGGAGUAUUUUCUGUUCAUUAUGAUGGAAGAUUGGCAUCAUCAUUCGCAAAAUGAAUCCUUCUAAAAUAGCAGAACCUCAUAUCUGCAACAUCAGUUCCUAAGUGCUCAGAAUCUUUGCUAGUGUAAUUGGAAGCUUGCCGCACAUAAGAGGAAAAACCAGACGUUCGAGAUCAGCUUUUAAUUACUCUGUAUAGUAUCUAGAGCCAUGUACACAUUCCAGCAUGACCAGCUAAAUAGCUGUGAGUCCCCCCCGACAGGAUGUUAAUUAAUGCCUAUGUUUUCACAACUAUCGGAAUGUCACGGUCAUUACAUUUUUAGCUUCAGAGUUUAUUUGGACAGAAUAAUUGAAAUCCUACAAUUUUUUUCAAUCAUUGGAAACUACUCCCUUAUGUCUAAAAGAGGAAAAAAAAAAAAAAAA